UUGUCCCUGAGCCAUGGGACGCUUACUAGCCAGGGAUCGCCGCUCCGGCUGCAUAUCGCUUGGCGGGCGCAUCUUCGUCCUGACGGCAUCACCACUGAAGCACCAAUUGCGCCCCCGCCCCACCUCGCACACUCCCGCCAACAUGAGGGCAGCUGCACGUCUCCUCGCCAGCGUCAAGCCCGGCCAGUUCCUCGAGGCCGGCACGCCGACAGGUCUCACAGGCCUGCUCACCCACCCGUCGCCGCGCUCCACCCUCCUCUACCACUACCACUCCACCCUCGACAAGCUCAAGAAGAUUCCCGAAUCCUCCGUAUACCGCCAAUCGACCGAGGCCCUCACUAAGCACCGUCUUGCCGUCAUCGAGCAGGCUACACCGGCGGGAUGGGACGAGUGGCAGCAAAAGGUCGCGCAGCAAGUUAGCGAGGACCCGACAAGAUAUCAGGCCAUCGACACAUCAGGCGGACAGACCAUUGUACUCCCAACCCAGCACGAGGUGGAUGAGCGGUCAAAGGCUGCUGAGUGGGACGGUGAGGCCGUGGAGACCUUCCCCGAGGGCAUUCGGUCGUCGAAAGAGCGCUUGCCCCAUGCCAGGAAGAUGAAGGGCGAUGUCAACUACACGCCCGAGCGGGCAGUCGCCGACGUCAAGUUCGACCCUGAACCGCAAUACACCGCCGAAGCUAUCUCGGAACUUGAGAGCAGAAUUGGCGCAGGAUUGAUUGAAGAAGUCAUCCAGGUCGCCGAGGGCGAACACAAGCUUGUAGACGUCAUGGUCGAGGCCAAGGUUUGGGAGCCACUCGAGGAGCCGGCGCCAGAAGGCCAAUGGUCUUACUUCGAGCGUAUGACACACACAAAGACCCAGAAGCCAUAGAGCCACGUGUUUCGACCGACAACAUAGAUAGUAGAAGAAGAAACAUCACAUUUUGUAGUUGAAGUUACAACAGCCUUU